AACAACAACAACAACAACAGCGUAAUGCCUUUAUAUACAAAAAAGAUGCUCGAGUAUAUCGAAAACGAACGAAAGAUGGCCACAGAACCGAAUGAACCAACAACAUCAUCGCAUAGAUCGAGACCGAGAUCACCGCAGCUCAAAUCACCGAAGCCGAGAUCACCGCAGCCCAAAUCACCGAAACCGAGGUCACCGCAGCCAAAAUCACCGAAAACCAACAAUACAGCAGCAGCAGCAGCAGUAGUGAAUAAAGCUGAUCAAUUUCGAGCAACAUUGCUGGAUAGAAGAAGCAAAAGUAUAGCCCGUACAUUGGGACCGAUACCGAUAGAAAGUUCGCCUUCAUUUGAACUGUAUCAAUUUGAACAAACCAAUAGCAACCUCGUAUCGAUUCGAAGUGAAUUUGGUGAGAAAAUCUAUCGUGUCAGGCAUCGGAAUUUUCCUCAGAUACCAAUGGUGGUCAGAAUCUAUUCAAAAGAACAGGCGAGUCGCAUACACAAUAAGUUAUAUUUCAAAAUACUAAGACAUCUUGGCAAAAAACAUCCACUCAUACUGCAAACAUGGGACAUAUUCGUCAAUCAGGACUACCAAUAUCUCGUCUUUCAACAACACACACAUACCAUUGACUUGACACAAUACAUUCUAGGCCGACAACCGGAUGGUGAACAAGAAUUGGUCGUAUGCCAUUGGUCACGUGAACUUUAUCGAGCACUGGACUAUCUAAUCAAUUCGGCUGUUUGUCAUAACAAUCUAACAUCAAGUUGUGUGCUGAUCAGUCUUCGCGAUAAAAUGUCCAUCCAGCUGACCGGUUUCUAUCGAUCAUUCAUAUAUCAGUCGAGCGCAAGGAAUAAUCUUCGACCACGACAAUCAAUUCGUGAUCGCGAAACCAUUCGACCAGACUUUAAACCACCCGAAGUAUUUGGCUCGGAACAUCAAACGGGAAAAUAUGACCCACUCAUAGCCGAUAUGUGGUCAUUGGGCGCCAUCAUCUAUUUCGCCAUCAGUGGUGAAUAUCCACAUGAUUAUAAGAUUCGUUCGAAAAAUAUCGAGAAAGAAAUUCAAUUCAAUCUGGAUUAUUUCGGUAGCCGAAUAAGCAAACAAGCACAUGAUUUACUGGCCAAUCUAUUGACAAGCAAAGUUAAUAAACGAUUGAAAUUGGACAGAAUGAAUCAACAUCCGUGGUUUUCAAUGUUCAAAACGGUCGAACAGCAGGAAUCGUCAAUGACAACGUUUAAUAAUAGUGAAAUUACUGAAUUUCGAGAUGAUGACGAUCAACUCAGUGCUCUCAGUCGAUAUUCAUCAGUCGAUAUGAUACCAGAACCCACGACCACUAGAGGAAGAGGUCAUACUGCAACAAGAACAAGAAGACGACGAGGACCAGGAAAAAUGGAAAAAGGUAAAGGAGGAGUAUUAGCUGCUCAGGUAGCAGCAGCAGUAAGAAAAGGAAAUGAAUUUGAACAAAUUGAUGAAGAAGAAACAGCACGUACCGAUGAUGAUGAUGAUGAUGUUGAUGAUGAACAUGAUGAACAACAACCAGAUCAUCAACAAGCCGAUCAACGCCGUCCAUACCUUAAACGCCAACGACAACAAAGGCCAGCAACUGAUGAUGACAAUUAUUAGUUAUUAAUCAAUUUUUCAAAUAUCAAAAUACCUUCUAUCUAUAAUAAUAUAAUAAUGUCAUGUCAUAAUGUUAUGUUAUGUUAUGUUGCCAAUAAAAU